AUGCCAAUCGAUAGGAAAAAACUUUCAAAAACUAUAACUGGUGAUAAAUCAUCAUCGGUUUUGUUCACCGAAAAAUUAAAGAAAGUACCACCUACACCUUUUCAAAAAGAGUUUGACCGUAUUAAUGAAUCAUCGGCAUUGGAAUAUAACAAGGGUCUAAUGAAACCAAAACGUGAUAGAGAAUAA